AUGGCGGAGAAGGAGGCCACCGUCUACGUCGUCGACGUGGGAAAAUCCAUGGGCGAGAAGCAUGGCGGCCGCAGCGAGACAGACCUUGAUUGGUGCAUGAAGUAUGUCUGGGACAAAAUCACAACCACGAUGUCCACGGGCCGGAAGACUCUCUUUCAGAGCGUCGUUGCUCUCCGCUCAGAUGAAACUAGGAACCCGCUGGAGUCGGAAGAGGGAUACGAAAAUGUCUCGGUCCUUCAGCAUCUCGCCCCGAUGUACAUGACCGAGCUCAAGGAAUUGCGCGACAAAAUCCACCCCAGCAAGACCCACGACGGCGACGCGAUAUCUGCGCUUGUUGUCGCAAUACAGCUAAUUGCGGACCACUGCAAAAAGCUUAAGUACAAGCGGAGGAUCAUCCUGAUCACAAACGCCCUUGGUUCCAUCGAUGCCGACGGUUUGGAAGAGAUUGCGAGGAAGAUCAAAAGUGAAAACAUCGAACUGCUCAUUCUUGGGCCCGAUUUCGACGACGCCGACUACGGUGUGAAGGAAGAGGACAAAAAUCCUACCAAAGCCGACAACGAGAGCGUCCUCCGGCAGCUUGCUGAAGGUUGUGAUGGCAUCUUUGGCACAAUGGCGCAAGCCAUCGAAGAGCUUGAGACACCACGAGUGAAACACAUCAAGCCCGUGCCGUCUUACAAAGGCCUCCUGACACUUGGCGACCCGGAGAAGUACGAUACUGCCAUGACAAUUGACGUCGAACGUUAUCCAAGGACUAUGCAGCAGAGGCCACCAACAGCCAGCUCGUACAUUUUCAGGGCUGAUAUGGCACCGGGUGAUUCGCAAGCCCAGUCUUCCAUGACUGUCACCGACGGCGAUGAUGAGGUUACGGCAGUCAGGCAGAACAUGGCAUACCAUAUCCUUGACCCUAGUCUACCAGGAGGCAAGCGAGAGGUCGACAGGGAAGACACUGCCAAAGGUUACCCAUACGGCAGCACCGCCGUCCCUAUCAGCGAAUCGGAACGCAACGUGACGGAUUUCGAGUCUUUCGCUGCUCUUGACAUCAUCGGUUUCAUCCCCGGAGAGAAGCUUGACCGAUACAUGGAAAUGUCGAGAGCGAACAUCAUCAUUGCACAAAAGGCAAACGAAAAGGCAAGCAUGGCACUGUCAUCUUUCAUCCACGCUCUAUAUGAGCUCGAGUCGUAUGCUGUUGCCCGCUUCGUCCCAAAGGAAAACAAGGAGCCCCUCAUUCUGCUCCUUGCCCCUGAGAUCAAGCCAGACUACGAGUGCCUUAUAGACACAGAGUUGCCUUUUGCUGAGGAUAUGCGGGGCUAUCGCUUUCCCCCUCUGGAUCGCAUUGUCACCGUUUCCGGAAAGGAGAUACACACCCACAAGAACCUGCCAAGUGAGAACCUCAUGAAGGCCAUGAGUGAUUACAUAGAUAGUAUGGAUCUAUCGAGCGCUGGACAAGAUGAGGAUGGGAACCCUGCAGAGUAUGCGCUGAUCGAGGAAACCUUCUCGCCUGUGCUUCACCGUGUUCAGCAAGCGAUCCGCUGGCGCGCUGUCCAUCCCACAGAUGAAAUACCUCCUCCGGCUGAGAUCCUGACGAAAUACAUGAAGCCUCCAGAGGACUUGCUGAAGCAAGCUCAGCCAUUCCUCGAGGCCAUGAUCGCCGCGGGUGACGUAAAGCGCGUACCUCCUAAACAGAAGGGCCGCAAGCGCACUCGCGAGUUCGAGAAGCCUCUCUCGGGUCUUGAUGUCGAAGACCUUUUGGGUCGCGAGAAGCGCGUAAAGCUUUCGGCAGAAAACGCCAUCCCAGAGUUCAAGCAGGCCCUCAAUACCACCGACAGUGUCGAGGAUAUCAAGAACAUCGCCAAUCAGCUCUCCGCCAUCAUCCAGGACUACAUCCGCCACAGCAUGGGUGACAGCGGGUACCAGAGGGCCGUGGAGGCCAUCCGCGUCAUGAAGGAGGAGAUGCUGGAGUUGGAGGAACCGUGCGUGUUCAACGACUUCAUGAGGGUGUUGAAGAAGAAGAUUUUCGCAGAAGAGCUUGGUGGCGAUAGGAAGGAGAUGUGGUACAAGAUCAGGGUGACCAGGCUGGGACUGAUCGAUAAGAGAGCUACGGACUUGUCAGAUGUCACGGAGGAGGAGGCGAAGAAGUUCUUGUCCUCGACAAAAUAG